AUGGCUUCGGCGGCCUUCCCCGCGCUCUCCUCCACUGUCGCUCCCGCGCCUUCCGCCCUUUGGUCCGCCAAUCUCACCGUGAGUUCCCCAGCCCUCCCCAGUCGGCGCGCGAUCUCCGCUUCCCCCAUCUGCGCGCGCUCUCCGUUCCUCGUGCUUCCAUCCCUCCUUUCCCCUCAUCCCGCUCAACUCCCCCUCUUCCCCCUUCCGCAGGCGCCGUACCCGACGAACGCGCCGUGGCAGAACUUCGUGCUGGGGCAGGGCGGCAACCCCGAGCUCGUGACGCCGUACGUGGUGCAGAGCGCGGAGGGGCGCGUCGCGUGGGGGCUGCCGGUGCGCGACCCGCAACCGGGGUACAUAGUGCAGGCGUUCGUGACGGCGCUCAUGCUCUCCACGCUGCAGGGCCUUCCCCCCCAUCAGCUCUCCGCCUACGACGACCUCUCCGCCACCCUCUCCUUCCGCCAACCCUCCUCCGCGCCCUCCGAUCCCCCCGCGCUCGAGGUCCCACUGGUGCGCGGGUCGCCCUUCCUCACGUUCAUAUUCCCCCCCGGCGGACCCCCAGCGACGCCCGUGCUGACGACGAUUCACGCCAUCACGGGUGUAGGGCCCAGCGGCGACAACAGCAAGUACCGCAUCGCUCUCAACAACGGCCAGACGUGGCUGCUGUACCUGUCGUCGCCACUGGCGAUGCGGCAGGACGGGUCGACACUAGCGGCGGAUGCGCCAUUCACGGGGACGAUGCGCGUGGCGCUGCUGCCGAGCGCCUCCCCGCAGGACGAGGAGGCGGUGCUGGACGCGCACGUGCCCACGGUGCCGGUGGGGGGGAGCGCGCUCGUGGGCGCGUUCCGCAUCAAGUACACCUGGCGCACCCAGCAGUGGCGCCAGCUGGCUGACGGCAACACCGAGGCGCCGCUGCUCAUGCUCUCGCUGCCAAUGCACCGGCGCAUGGAAGUGACCGCGCACAGCCCCUCCCUUCCCUCCACCCUCCGCCGUCACAGCAGCGGCUCACCCUCAGGCGCCAUGGGCGCCCUCCGCGGCCACCACAACCCCGCCUCUGCCGCCCCCUCCAACGCACGCAGCAGCGGACCACACGGCGUGCAGGGGGCGGUGUGGCGCCUCAAUGUGCCCAAGCGCCCCUCCACGUGGCGUGCGGGGCCCCUCUCGUCCGACCCCCAGCUGCUGGACGAGCUGAGGGCCAGCCUCAAGCAGGACGUGGCCGCGCUGCCGCCCCUCUCCUCCCCCUCCACCUACUUCUUCGGCAAGACAGCGGCGCGCGCCGCCCGCCUGGCACUGAUCGCGAAGCAGGUGCAAGACGAUGACAGCCUGGCCGCCGUGUUGCCGCCCCUGCAAUCCGCGCUCUCCGCAUGGCUGGACGGCACCUUCCCCGGUAACCGCCUGCUGUACGACCCCACGUGGGGCGGCGUGGUGAGCGAGGCGGGGUCGCUUGACCAGGGGGCGGAGUUUGGAGCGGGCAUGUACAACGACCACCACUUCCACUACGGCUACUUCAUCUAUGCCGCUGCUACCGUCGCCAAGUUCGACCCCGCGUGGCGCGACCAGUACCGUGCGGCGCUCAAGGACCUGAUGGCAGACUACAUGUCGCCGGAGCGCACGGCGGCAUUCCCAAGGCUGCGGCACUUUGACGCGUACGCGCUGCACUCGUGGGCCAGCGGGCUGUUUGAGUUCGGCGACGGGCGCAACCAGGAGAGCUUCAGCGAGGCGGCCAACGCGUACUAUGCAGCGGCGCUGCUGGCGUCAGUGCUGGGCGACCAGCCGCUCGCCACGCUGGGCGCCACACUCGCAGCCGUGGAGGCCGUCGCCGGGCAGACCCUCAUGCACGUGCCGCUCGGCUCAUCCGCCCCGGAGCCGUCCCUGUCGCCCGCAUAUGAGGCCGUGUUUGCAGACGCCAACCGUGUGCGCGAUGCGGCGCUGUGGUUCGCCCCGCCGGCGGACAUGGAGAAGCGUGUGGGCAUCCAGGUGCUGCCCGUAACGCCCUACCUCAAGCACCUCUUCCCUGACCCCGAGUUUGCUAAGCAGCUGGUGGAGUGGGCGCAACCCGUGCUGAGUGGUGCCGCCACGGACGAGUGGCGCGGCUUUGCGUGGGCGCUGCAGGCGCUGUACGACCCGCAGGGGGCCAGGGCGAACAUUGCUGCUCUAGGUGCUUUUGAUGAUGGCAACUCCAAAACAAACAUGCUUUGGUGGCUCGCUUCCAACAUGCCAUAG